AUAAAGAUAUAGCAGAUGUAAGGUAGGAGGUAGGUACAGCCCAUAUCCCACAGUGGCACAGUUAAGGUCAACCCCGCUGGGAAUUGGAGGUAUCCAUGGAUGUCCUCACUAGGAAAGGGCCUUGGCAUAUUUCGAGGCGCUUGGAAAAGUGGAAGGAUCGAAACAAAGGGAGUAAAAGGUGAUUCUCUCUUUGUCACAGACUUAAUUUACUAACCGGUUAGUAGUACAACUUCGUACUCGAGGGGCCAAAAAAGAAGAAGAUCAAAUAAGAUGCAAUGCGAAAAGGUGGUGCCACCUAACUAAAUACAUACACAAUUCAAAUACCAUACAAUAAUACGUCAAUAUCUUUUUCUUUCCUUCUUAUUUUUAAGUCGCUCCUUUUUUUAGAAUCGGUCAAAGUCGAGGUCGGCGCGUAAGACGAGGGGGCUGAACUUGCCAUCAUCCUAUUAUAAAGAAGUAAGAGAGGGAUAAGAGGAAACAGAAAUCAAAAAGAAAAGAAAAGAAAAAAGAAAAAAGAAGAAGAAAAAGAAAAAGAAAAAGAAAAAAAAAAGAGAAGGAGAAAAAGGAACUACACUACCUAUUGCUGCAAUUACUAUUGCUGGCUGAUCAUUCGAACAAGAUCAAUUGAUGAUAUAUUUUUUGUUUCUAAAUCUGAACUUCGUCUAACCUCGUCUAACGAUUACUACAUACAUCUCGGUCUUUUCUGGGCUAUUAGGCUUUAGGCUUUACACGUGGUACUAAUCAAAUCAUGGGGAUUCGCGAUCUGAUCAAAAAGAAAGAUCAGUUGGACGGAGGUCGCGACGGCGUCGAUCGCGAAACUUUGGAUAGGUUAGCCGGGCCCGAGUUUACCUUCGUACGGUCGGACACGCAAACGCAUGAGAUCAUCAGACCACCGAGCUAUCCGACCGAGUACGGCCAAAGCAACAAUUAUAGUAACAAUAACGACAAUAAUUACCUAGCGGCUAAAGACGCCGGAUCCUCCGCCUCUAAAACGCGCCGUAGCCUUGACGUAUUCAGGCCGCGAUCGCGGGGUAGUAGUACAUCCUCCGUUCAGAGUGACGGUUCGUCGCGCAAAGACAAAGAAGGAGGACAUCACGGCCAUCGACGCCUAUCGCAACGCCUCCACCUUUCUAAAGCACCGUCCACAUCCGACUACGUGCCCGAAAACCUACCGCAGAUCAACCUCUUGGCCGCCGAAGAUGGAGGGUCGGGCGUUGCAGCCGGAAAAGGGGGGGUAGACAAGGACUUGUACGAGAACCAGUGGGAGAAGAGAGCGACCAUACUAGCCGAGGCGAAUGUGAGGGGCCAGCGUCGAAUCGCGUCGCCGUCAUCGCCGUCGGCCGACAUACCUAGUCUGGCCCUGCACGAUUACGAUGGCGGAAACGGAAACGGAGGGGGGGCGCCGCACGGGAGGAUAGACGGCGGCGGCGUCUCGUCCAAGGCCGUUGAUGAUAUGAUUCAGGAAGCUAUCCGAUUGCACGAGAGCGGCCAGCUCGACCAGUCUACACAGCUGUUUGGGCGCCUGGCCGAUCCCCAUGGCGCCAAUAAUCCCUUGAGCCAGGUUCUCUACGGACUUGCUUUGAGGCACGGCUGGGGUUGCCAACCAGAUACCGAACGAGCCGUCACUUACCUGUCGGCGGCGGCAUCGAACGCAGCAGCGGUCGAGAGUAUGGCGCUACAAGCGGGCCUCAAGAAAGGUGGCGCCGCAAAGGGCGAGCUCGUCCUCGCUAUAUUCGAAUUGGCGAAUUGCUUCCGACACGGCUGGGGCAUCCCUCGAGAUCCAGUUGCCGCGAAACAGUAUUACGAGACGGCCGCAAAUCUUGGAGAUACUGAUGCCAUGAACGAAGUUGGCUGGUGCUAUCUAGAGGGCUUCGGAUGCAAGAAGGACAAGUAUGCUGCAGCGAGGUACUAUCGGUUGGCGGAGCAGAACGGGAAUAAGACGAUUGGCAAUACAUGGAUUUGGAAAGACAAGUACAAUCCUACGAACCCCAAGAAGAAGUAAGCUUGCUUGCUUGCAUUAUGGUAUAGUAUGGUAUUUUUUUGUCGGCCUUUACUAGCAUGGCACACAUACCUACCUACGAUCUUAUCUCUCUGUUUCUAUUUCUCUUUCGCUAUCGUCCUUACCUACCUACAUACCCGUUAAUGGAGUAACGGCGAUCGCGAUAGGCAGAGAGAGGGAAAGUAAACAAAAAUUAAACCAAUUAGCGAUUUUUA